AUGCCAUCGUCCGACGAUAGUACAGCGGCGUCGGCGCCGACGGCGGCAACCGACGACAGCAUCGAGUUCCAGCUGGGGGACGCCGUCGACAUGUCCACCUUUAACCAGAUCCUCGAAAUGGACGAGCCUGGCGAUCACGAAUUCAGCGCCUCCAUCGUCUUUGGUUUCUUCGAGCAGGCCGAGGAGACGUUUGCCUCGAUGGCGACGGCCCUAAAGGAAAAGGACCUCGACCAGCUGUCCCAACUCGGUCACUUUCUGAAGGGUUCAUCCGCCACCCUAGGCUUCGUCAAGGUGCGCGACGGCUGCGAGAAGAUUCAGCGGUACGGCAAGAACGAGAACGAGGACGGGUCCGAGGAACCCGACUCGGAACUCUGUCUGAAGCGGAUCACGGAAGCCCUUGCCGUCGUCAGGACCGAUUACAAGGAUGUCGAGAAGAGGCUCAAGAAGUGCUUCGAGAACGAAAAGGACACCACAGCCGACGCAUAA